AAUAGAAAAAGUUGUUUGGAUACCACUGUUUAUUUUGCAGUUGAUGUUUAACUAGCACUGUUGCAGUUGACAUUUGUCUGUUCUGUGUGUGUUUUCCUAGCCUGGUACUUUUCAACCAUAGUGCUUAAAAAUUGGCAAAAAUACCUUAAAAAGGCAUAAAUAUAGCAGAAAUAAAGGCUCCUGCUUAUUUCGAGCACAACAACAAUGAAGAAAGUACUAAUGGUUGCGGAGAAACCGUCGCUGGCGGCCUCACUUGCUACUAUUCUAUCCAAUGGGCGCAGCACGUCAAAAAAAGCCUCGAGUAACUCCUGCUCAACUCAUGAAUGGAUUGGUUCGUUCCGCGAUGAGCGCAGUGUACAGUUUCGGAUGACGUCAGUAUGCGGUCACGUCAUGUCUUUGGAUUUUGUUGGCAAAUACAACUCAUGGGAUCGCGUGGAUCCAGCUGAACUUUUUGGCUGUCCAACGGAAAAGAAAGAGGCCAAUCCCAAGCAGCAUAUGCGGUCAUUCCUAGCAGGUGAAGCGCGCGGAUGCGAUUAUUUAGUGCUCUGGCUCGAUUGUGAUAAAGAGGGCGAGAAUAUUUGCUAUGAAGUAAUGGAUGCUGUGUCGCGUAUCAUACCAAAUGUGCAUAGUCGCAAUGUAACAUUUCGUGCGCACUUCUCUGCCAUUACGGAAAAAGAUAUAAAAGGCGCAAUGGAAUCACUGGGGUAUCCCAAUGAAAAUGAAUCGAAAUCGGUUGAUGCGCGUCAGGAGUUGGACUUACGUAUCGGUUGUGCGUUUACACGUUUUCAAACGAAAUUUUUCCAAGGACGUUAUGGCGACUUGGAUUCAUCGCUUAUAUCGUAUGGACCUUGUCAAACGCCAACACUGGGAUUCUGCGUAAAAAGGCAUGACGAUAUACAAACGUUUAAACCGGAGAGUUUUUGGUAUUUACAAUUGCUCGCUGGACAACCAGAAGUAACGCUGGAAUGGGCACGCGGACGUGUAUUCAAGAAGGAAAUUGCCAUUAUGUUAAUGCAGCGCGUUAAGGAACAGAAGGAAGCGCUGGUGGAGAGUGUAACUUCAAAAGAGCAGUUCAAGGGGCGGCCACAGGCUUUAAAUACAGUAGAGUUGAUGCGUAUUUGCAGUUCUGGGCUCGGUAUAGGACCCUUCCAAGCUAUGCAAAUUGCUGAGCGUUUAUACACACAAGGUUAUAUCAGUUAUCCACGUACAGAAACCAAUCAGUAUCCAGCAAACUUCGAUUUACAAGCAGUUUUACGUCUACUGCAACCCUCCUCCGAGUUUGGCGAUGAGGCGCGCAGCAUUUCGGGUGAUUUCAAUGCUCCACGCAAAGGUAAAGACGCCGGUGACCAUCCGCCCAUUACGCCAAUGAAGUUGGCCAGUCGCAAUGAUUUCGACAAAGACACUUGGCGUGUAUACGAUUUCAUUUGCCGACAUUUCUUGGGCACAGUAUCGCGUGACUUGAAGUACCGCACUACCACGGCGAAGCUACGUGUUGGCAUGGAGACGUUUACCUGCACCGCAAAUGUAUUACUCGACCCAGGUUUCACAAAAGUAAUGACCUGGCAGGCGUUCGGGCGUGAUGAGGCGCUGCCACCAUUUGUGGAGGGUGAGAAAGUAGCUAUAAACGAUGUGCGCUUGGCAGAAUCUCAAACAGGACCACCAGAUUACCUUACUGAGGCUGAAUUGAUUACACUAAUGGAGCAACAUGGCAUUGGUACUGACGCCUCUAUACCGGUACAUAUCAAUAACAUUUCACAGCGUAAUUAUGUGCGUAUCGAAGCUGGAAGAAAACUGAUACCAACCACACUGGGUAUAGUGCUGGUACACGGCUAUCAAAAGAUUGAUCCCGAGCUCGUUUUGCCCACUAUGCGCUCGGAGGUGGAGCGCAUGUUGAAUCUCAUUGCCAAAGGUUCCGCUGAUUUUCAGGCCGUGUUGCGGCACGCCAUCGAAAUUUUCCGCUUGAAGUUUUUGUAUUUUGUCAAAAACAUCACCAGCAUGGACAGUUUGUUCGAAGUCUCAUUCUCCCCACUGGCCGAAACGGGAAAGGCUCAUUCACGGUGCGGUAAAUGCCGACGCUACAUGAAAUAUAUACAAACAAAACCAGCGCGUCUGCAUUGCUCACAUUGCGACGAAACAUAUUCGUUACCUAAUGGAGGCAACGUCAAAGUCUAUCGCGAGUUCAAAUGUCCCCUAGAUGAUUUUGAAUUGUUGGCCUUUACCACCGGCGCCAAAGGACGCUCUUACCCCUUCUGCCCAUACUGCUACAAUCAUCCACCAUUCAGGGAUAUGCCUAAAAAUGGUGGCUGCAACUCGUGCACGCAUCCCACCUGCCCACACUCGCUCAAUACACUGGGCAUAUCCAGUUGUGUGGAAUGUGAACACGGCAUCCUCGUUUUGGAUUGCACAUUGGCGCCCAGUUGGAAGUUGGGCUGCAAUCGUUGCGAUGUCAUAAUCAAUUGUUUUAAAGGCGCCACCAAAGUGACGGUGGAAGAACAAAAGUGCCAGGAAUGCGGCGCUCAACUAGUCAAUGCUGUCUACAAAUCGGACAAAACGAAGUUCAAAGAUGGCAGCGAAGAGAAGAGUGGCUGCGUUUUCUGCUCCAAUGAUUUCGCGCACUUGGUGGAGAAACAUCGUGCUGUUGCAUCGCGGCCGGUGAAUUUGCGUGGUGGCGGACGCGGCGGUGGACGUGGGGGUAGCACCAAAGGUGGGCGCGGUGGUACUGCUACCGGUGGACGGGGCGGCGCACGCGGGCCACGUCAGCCCAAAGAUAAAAUGGCGCAACUAGCAGCGUAUUUUGUUUAAAGCAGAAGGGCGGAUCAUAAUGACAAAUCUGCCCAUCCCUGACUCAUAGUAUUCGGAAGUGUAGUAUGUGUAUGGAUUUAUGCAUCUUAAAACUUACGCAGCAGGAAAGUGCAUGUUCAAAAAAUAUUAUACAAACUCAAGUAAACACAAAAUACUUAAAUUACAAAAAAACAAAAAAAGAAACAAAAAACCGUAGUUAAUGAAUUGUACAAUUUUGUCCUGUAUGACUUUUUAUAUAUGUAUGUACGUACCUUGUAGAAAUAUUUUAUUCUAUACCUUAUGGGCACGAGUAAGUUCAACAUGUAUACGUACUUGUAAUUGCAUUUAUUAAAUAAUGAAAAAUCUUGCAUACAUGCAUACAUACAUACAUACACACGUGCAUGCACUAUUAAUUAUUUAAAUUAAUUUACAUUUAAUAAGAGUAUAAACGUGUGUGCAAAUAUGUAAGUUAUAUUAAGAGAAUCAUUUAAUUGUACAUCAUAACAUACAUACAUACAUACAUACGGAAGCAAGAAAGCAUAGUAAAAUUAAAGAACCAACAUAGAGAUGAAUGAAAAUUA